AUGGACGCCGUGGUUGUGCUCUGCCACUUCUGCGAGACCCACGGGCCCGCCAUCAUAAUGUGCACUCAGCCCCUGCGUCAGCUGGUCAUACCGAUGGUGCCGUCACGCAAGAUCUCGGCGGGCACACCGCAUGCCUCUUCCAGCUGCGGUAGCUUUCACGUCGCUUCCACCUCUGCCUCCCAUGAGGGCACCGUCUGGCCGGCUGAACAGUUGACACACAACCUCUUCUCCGAUCUUAUCACCUCAACCGCUCCGCCUCAGUCGACGGGAGCUGUGCAGGACACCACCCCUCGGACGCAAUCCUCCGCAUCCUGUCGUGCGUGUUCCAUUAUAACGCGUGACGAAAUUGGAUUCGUGAGUCAUGACUUCUCCGCUAAGACCGACUACGUCUCCACUCAGUUCCCCAGCGACGUGGAACUCCUCAAAGCCGUUCGCACAGCCUGCAUGCGUAGUCUCUCCUGCGAGGUUAUUCCGGGUCGCGAAGGCCCCGUGUAUUUCGGCGAUGAUGUCAACCGACAUGUGAUAAGUUACAACUUCUUUGUCAAGGACUCAAUGGCUCGAGGCUUUCAGGUCAAAUACAGCUUCCUACUCAUCUCCUGGAACCAGGUUUUUCUGCUCAACCUUUGGCCUUUUGUGGUGAAGAGUUUCCAGACAAUGGCGAAGCGUCUGCAGGAGGCCGCGAACCGAGUCUAUGAGGAAGAGACUGCGUCGGGCGCCUCAUCGACGACGGCGGCGUCCACGACAGCGAUGGCAGCGGCAGCGGCGGCACGUUCAGCAACACCCCCGGUGGGUGCCAACCCGUUGCGCCUCUGUCGCACCCCACCACCUUCCUCCUCGUUGGCGCACCACAAUACUUCAACCACUCCACCGAGUCGUGGUGCGCCUGCUCUUCUCUCCAGUCAGGCAGUAGCUGCGGGCUCUGCUCUCUCCCUCUCCAGCCAGGCAAACACUAGGAAACUCAGGGGCAUGCGCAUUACUGAGUUUGAAGUUCGAUCUCUCGCUGAACUUACGAAAGAUGAGCAGGUGUACUACCGCGUGCACGCUUGGUUCACGUGGCUGCUGCGAGUAGCGGGUCGCAACUGGACCCCAGUGGACCUUAAGAGUGCCCCCGUGAACGAGGAUGAGGUGUUCGCGGAAGAGCGCAAGAAUGGUCUCCUGCUGGGCCUCAGUGGCAGCUCUGGUCAUGCGGCAGUGAGCGGAACCUCGGGCGCCAUCAACACCAUCGAUCCCACCACCCUCACGCUGGGCUCCGAGCUUGGCUGGACUGAUGGCACUCCUGAGGUCGAGACGGCUGUUCAAAUGCGAUUACUGUCCCACCUCUACAAAUGCAUAGGCGAGGAGUACUUCCUGCGACUUGUCUACUAUCUGGGCAUCGGCAAUCAGGUCAUCCUUCAUCCGCUGGAAAAACCCAAAGUCGCGUCUUUCACUGCUGCCGCACUCGCUCGUCUCCUGCCUCGGGGAUGCGUCCGACUUGUUAACGAAAGCGCGACGUACUACCCGCCCUCUCAGUGCAACCUCCUCUCCCUCAAUGUGGGUGCUCCCCUGUCCAAGUUGGGUCCUCCAGAGACACCCUACGUGAUCGUCCAGGUGAGCUUAAUGUCGCCCAACACUGCCAAAGAAGAGAAAUUGACCACUGGUGAACGCUCACCCUCUCCUUCUACCUCUUCCACUGGCUCGGACACCAAAUUCGACCAGCUCAACUUUGCAGUUAGCUUCGGCCAGGCGCUGGAAACACCCCCGGACAACUGGGAGUUGGCAUGGUCACGAAGCAGCAGUCUCUCUGAGGGUCCCUCAUCUUCCCCCUGGGGCCUCCCCUCCGCCAAUUCCGCAGCCUCUACCUCUACCCCCAUGACCUCAUUUUCGGGACCCGUGUUCAAGAAGACCAUCAACUCUACAUUCGCUCGUCAAAUAACCGAGGUUUUUCGAAUGGUAGAUCCAGUGCAGAACAAUCUCGUCAUCCUACAACCCUCCACCAUGAGUCUUGCAUUGACCGCCAUUCGACAGCGCUGGAUCGACUACGCUCGUACUCUCUACGCCUUCCAGACUUGUUGCAAGGUGUCCUCCAGCGUUGAGGAGUCCACGAGGAAGUGCUUCCAGCUCUUGGCUUCCACCUAUGGCCUGACAUCGGACGACGAAGCUGUCGUGCUCUACUGGCAGAGGGCAUUGAGCAGACGUACUCGGCAAGAUGUGUGUCACCCACUCCCUUCUACCUCCACCGGCGCCGCCAAAGGCUCUACUUGA